AUGACCCAACCAACCCCCAAAGUCGCACUUGUCAUCGGUGCCUCCCGCGGCAUCGGUCGCCAGGUAGCCAUUGACCUCAGCAAAGCUGGCUAUACAGUUGUUGUGUCGGCCAAGAGUACGUCUGAUGAUGAUGGGACAAAGCCGUUCCCGCCAGAUCCGAACUCGAGAGAUUCCACGAUCACGACGGUCGCGCGCGAGAUCACAGAGCUCCAUGGCGGGAAGGCCCUAGCUAUUCCUGUGGACGUGCAGCAUAUCGAGAGCAUUGAGGCGCUCAUCUCCACAACCAUUUCUAAGCUCGGCCACAUCGACACCGUAAUCUACAACUCCGGCGCCAUCUGGUGGGGCCCCGUCUCUACCACACCCUUGAAGCGGUUCCAGCUGCUGCAACGCAUCAACCCCGAGGGCCUCUACAAGCUUAUACAAACGCUCCUGCCCGUAUUCGAGUCGCAAGGAUGGUGCGCACGCGUUGUUGUCGUAUCCCCGCCGAUAUAUUCUCGCUUCUUCCGCGGGAAGACGGCGUAUGCGAUCGGAAAGGUGGGCAUGAGCGUGCUGACGAAGGGGCUGGCGAUGGAGUGGGAGGCGCAGGGGAGGAAGGAGAUGGCCAUCACGAGCAUUUGGCCAGCGGCUGCGAUCAGGAGCGGGGCGACUGAGGGGGUUGAGCUACGGGACUUGAGGAGCCCGACGAUAUUCUCGGAUGCGAUACUAGCAAUGCUGGAGGCGCCGACGAAGGUAGUCAAUGGGCUAUUAGACACGGAUGAAGACUUUCUGAGGCGCCACAAGGGCGUGACUGACUUCUCGGGGUAUGCACUGGUGCCAGGGAGCACGCCGAGGAGGAUCAUGCCGGCGGAGUUUCCAGAUCUAACGGUCAAGGAGCAAGACGAUGAAGGGGAUAAGAGGGAUAGUGCGAAUUUGAGGGCGAAGCUUUGA